GAUAGCAGUCGAAGUUGUCCGAUCCGCUCCGCUGUUUACCAGCAAACACUCCCAGAUACAUAAAUUUUUACUUUCGUUUUGGCAGCCACGCAGCAGCUUUACCGACUCUCCUUUGUUUUCUUCGACAGUGUUCAGAGACUGAAGCUGAAAUCAUGAAUAAAUUUGUCUUCGCAGCUCUCGUCGGUCUGUUUUGCCUCCUGGGCCCCUCAGUCGCCAAAGAGUCCUCACCCAAGGUCCAGGUCUACAGCCGCCUACCGGGAGAGUUCGGGAAAAGCAACACCCUCAUCUGUCAUGUGAGCGGCUUCCACCCACCAGAAAUCAAAAUUGAGCUGCUGAGGAAUGGAAUUGAGAUUCCCAACAGCGACCAAACUGACCUGGCCUUUGAGGAGAACUGGCACUAUCACCUGACCAAAUCCGUGACCUUCACCCCACAAAAAGAAGAUCACUUCGCUUGCAGGGUGACUCACAUGAACAAAGAGCCCAAGCUGUACAUUUGGGAGUCAGAUAUGUAGUUCUACGCUCCUCUGUGCUCCAGGUCUACUAAGUCUAAAGGAGGUGGAGAAGAGAGAAGAUUGAGAUGUUCCGUACAUAAUCUUGGGUUUAAAGGACCAGUGUGUAAGAUUUAGUGGCAUCUUGCAGUGAGGUUGCAGAUUGUAAUCAACUGAUUACCCCCCCAAACAUACUCAUAAGUAUGUUAUUAUAUUCCAUUUCUGCCAAGUCUGUUCCACUAGAUGCCACUAAAUCUUACACACUGCACAUUUAAUUUGAAAUUUUGAGCAUCGGCAAAUGAGAGAAAACAUUGCACUUAAAGUCCAUCAGCUGAGUGUGUUUGUAUUCUAACUGACAUUAAAGCUUCAUUAAUUGUUGAGCACAAGAGGGCAGAACGACCCUAAAUCUCAACAAAGAGCCUUAAACCGCAAGAUGAUAUGAGUUCAUUAUGAAAGUUCCGCUGCUGUUGUAUAUUACUGUGUCUAUCCAUGAAUAUUUAGGCUACUGCAAUACAGAUUUACAAAUAUGAAAUCAUUUUGGUUGGAAGAAAUCAAAUUGAUCCUGUGUGCCGCUAUUGGUGUGAAAUGUGUGAAAGAUUUAUGUUUAUAAUUGGCAGUGAGGCUGACUUCAUAUCUUCUUAUAUCCAUGUCAAAUAUAUAUGUUAAUAUAAAAAUGCUCCCUCCAAGUCAAAAUGAUAAAGUAAAAUAAUGAGGUGAGGUGUGAGGUUGGAAUGGCUGCACACAAAAACCAUGCUAACGAGUUGUCAUUUGAUUCAUUAUUCAUAUGAAAAACAUUGUUUCAGGGAGCUUUGAGGUAACUGAUGAUUGGAAAUGUAAAUGUUUGCAUUGCUUUGUGUAUUUGAUGCUUAAUUUCUGAAGACUAAAAUACUUUCAUCUUCUCUAAUGAAUGGAUUUAAAUGAAAAAUUGCUCUUUAUGUUUUCCGCAUUCUAUGACAUAUGAUUAAGAAACGAUUAAGCUUACUUUCUAGUUGAUAUUUCUGCAUAAAGACCUGAGCACGUGCCUUUGUUGUAUCUGAAGCAUAUAUUAAUAGAUCUGAGUUUGAUUGAGCUACUGUUUGGUUAUUUCUAUUGCUCUUUAUUUUUUUAAUAAAUUUGAUCUACUGUA